GAGGAGACGGGGGCGGUGCAGCCAGGCAGGGACUGGAGGCUGCAGGCUGAAGCGUGCUCCAUCAAGAAGGCACGAUACGGUGUCUGCUGCUGCUCACAUGUCAACACUUCAACAAAAAACAAAAAAACGAGCAAGUUCCUGAUGGAGAGGGUCUCAGCUUCUUCCUGGCGGCCGCAGGCAAACAGUGGACCCACCCUCACGGCGAGGCACUCCUGUGGACUCUGAGGAUGGCGGCAGGAAGGAGGCGGGAUGGCAGGACGGCGGAGAGGUUGGGAGUCCAUGUGCGACUGCUAGCGAUUAGCGCGCUACUGGUAGCCGAGCUUGGGGUCAACGGCCAGAACAACGAGAGGAGGGUUCUGGCUCACAUCCCAGGCGACAUCAUCAUAGGAGCCCUGUUCUCGGUCCACCACCAGCCGCCCGCGGACAAGGUGCACGAGAGGAAGUGCGGCGCCGUGCGCGAGCAGUACGGCAUCCAGAGGGUGGAGGCCAUGAUGCACACGCUGGAUCGGAUCAACGCCGACCCCAACAUCCUCCCCAAUAUCACUCUGGGAUGUGAGAUCAGGGACUCCUGCUGGCACUCUGCCGUGGCCCUGGAGCAGAGCAUCGAGUUCAUCCGGGACACGCUGGUGUCCGCCGAGGAGGAGGAGAGUCAGGGCCGCUGUCCCGCCGAAAUGGGCGGGGCGCCGCCGAGCAAGAAGCCCAUCGUGGGCCUCAUCGGACCGGGCUCCAGCUCGGUGGCCAUCCAGGUGCAGAACCUGCUGCAGCUCUUCAACAUCCCGCAGAUCGCCUACUCGGCCACCAGCAUGGAUCUCAGCGACAAGAGCUUGUACAAAUACUUCAUGAGGGUGGUGCCCUCGGACAUGCAGCAGGCCCGGGCCAUGGUGGACAUCGUCAAGCGCUACAACUGGAGCUACGUGUCGGCCAUACACACCGAGGGUAACUACGGCGAGAGCGGCAUGGAGGCCUUCAAAGAAAUGGCGGCCAAGGAGGGCAUCUGCAUCGCGCACUCGGACAAGAUCUACAGCAACGCCGGCGAGCGCAGCUUCGACAAGCUCCUGCACAAACUGCGCGGCCACCUCCCCAAAGCCCGGGCGGUGGCCUGCUUCUGCGAGGGCAUGACAGUGCGAGGGAUCCUCAUGGCCAUGCGGCGCCAGCAGCUGGUGGGCGAGUUCCUGCUGCUGGGGAGCGACGGCUGGGCCGACCGCUACGACGUGACGGACGGCUUGGAGAGGGAGGCGUCGGGCGGCCUGACCAUCAAGCUGAAGUCGGCGUACGUGACCUGGUUCGACGACUACUACCUGAAGCUGAGGCCCGACUCCAACCCGAGGAACCCGUGGUUCCCCGAGUUCUGGCAGCACCGCUUCCAGUGCAAGCUGAAAGGCCAGGAGAGCGCCGCCUACAACCGCACAUGCAGCCGAAGAGAGUCGCUGCACCACCACUACGCCCAGGACACCAAGAUGGGCUUUGUCAUCAACGCCAUCUACGCCAUGGCCCACGGUCUGCACGCCAUGCAGCAGGAACUCUGCCCGGGGUAUAAGGGUCUGUGUGAGUCCAUGCGGCCCAUCGACGGGCGCCACCUGCUGGAGUUCCUGAUGAGGACCAACUUCACCGGGGUCUCGGGCGAGACCAUCUACUUCGACCAGAGCGGCGACUCCCCCGGCAGGUACGAGAUCAUGAACUUCCAGCUGCUGGACCAGGACCAGUACGCCUACGUGCACGUGGGCAGCUGGGACCAGGGCGGCCUGCGCAUGGACGACAUGGAGGUCUGGAACAACCAGAGCCGGCUCAUCAAGUCCGUCUGCUCCGAGCCCUGCCAGAAGGCCCAGAUCAAGGUGAUCCGCAAAGGGGAGGUGAGCUGCUGCUGGACCUGCACGCCAUGCAAGGACAACGAGUUUGUGUUCGACGAGUACACCUGUCGCUCCUGCCUGCUGGGGUCCUGGCCCACGGACGACCUGCGUGGUUGUGAGCCGAUCCCGGUGCAGUACGUCCGCUGGGGAGAUCCGGAACCGAUCGCCGCCGUGGUCUUCGCCUGUCUGGGUCUGCUGGCGACCCUCUUUGUCACCUCGGUCUUCGUCAAGUUCUGGGACACACCUGUGGUCAAGUCCUCCAGCCGCGAGCUGUGCUACAUCAUCCUGGCCGGGAUCUGUCUGGGCUACCUGUGCACCUUCAGCCUCAUCACCAAGCCACAUAUCGUCUGCUGCUACCUGCAGAGACUCGGUAUCGGACUGUCUCCCGCCAUGAGCUACUCUGCUCUGGUUACCAAGACCAACCGCAUCGCUCGGAUCCUGGCAGGCAGCAAGAAGAAGAUCUGCACCAAGAAGCCUCGCUUCAUGUCCGCCUGCGCACAGUUGGUCAUCGCCUUCCUGCUCAUCCUGCUGCAGCUCGCCAUCAUCGUGGCGCUGCUCGUCAUCGAGCCGCCGGAGGUGAUCCAUGACUACCCCAGCAUACGUGAGGUGCACCUGAUCUGCAACCUCACCACUCUGGGGGUGGUGGCGCCGCUGGGCUACAACGGUCUGCUCAUCCUCAGCUGCACCUUCUACGCCUUCAAGACUCGCAACGUCCCGGCCAACUUCAACGAGGCCAAGUACAUCGCCUUCACCAUGUACACCACCUGCAUCAUCUGGCUGGCCUUCGUGCCCAUCUACUUCGGCUCCAACUACAAGAUCAUCACCAUGUGCUUCAGCGUCAGCCUCAGCGCCACCGUGGCGCUGUGCUGCAUGUUCGUGCCCAAGGUGUACAUCAUGCUGGCCAAGCCGGAGAAGAACGUGCGCAGCGCCUUCACCACGUCCACGGUGGUGCGCAUGCACGUGGGCGACGCCAAGAAGGCGGCCAAGGCGGGCAAGGCGUCCGGCAGCAUGGCCGACCUGUUCAGACGCCGCGCCUCCACGCAGGAGAACGUCAGCUCCAACGGGAAGUCGGCGAGCUGGGAUCACAGCGAGCGCAGCUACCGACCCAACCUGUGGAAGAGGAUGUCCUUCCAUGUCAAGAAGAAGGAGGCGGCGGAAGCCAACCAGACCGCCAUCAUCAAGCCUUUCUCCGCCGCCGACUCCCAGCCGUCGCCCUCCUUCCAGGCCGGAGAGAGCGGCGAGGAGGGCGGAGCCUGGCGGGAGGCAGACAGCGGCGACAUCAGCGUCAUCGGCGUGGGCGAACUGGGGGUAGUCGGAGGUCCUGCAGAGGGCGCCACCGUCGUGGAGCAGAUCAACUGCCUGGUCAACAGCUUCAACGUCGCCGCCGGCCCGCUCGGAGGAAGACCCGCCCACUCCGCCGUGACCAUGCACGCCGAGGUCGCCGCUUUCUGCGAGGGCCGAGCCACGGGGAAGUUGUACGAGCAGCUGGCGGGGACCUGUGCACGCAGACUUCGGGAGGCGGACGCCCUGGCCGCCCUGACCCCGCCCUCGCCCUUCCGGGACGCUUCGCUGAGCUCCGACAGUAGCUCCUCCCACUCCGGGCCCGAGUACGGCCAGCUUCUCCCGCGACACUACAGCCACAGCGCCUCCUCUCUGUAGAGAGAAGUUGGGGGUUCUGAGACAUCUCCGCUGGACUCCUGGAACACACCAAGACCAUAAAAGUCUGCUGUCCUGCCAAAACCGGGGCACAGGCAGCUGAAGACAAGAACCAGGACACAAACAUUCAGGCUCAAAUUGGGGUUUGGACAAAAGAUGACUCAAACGUUGAUUUGGCCGUGACGCAUGCUCUUUUUUUCCCCCUCUUUUGAUGUUUUUUUUGGACCCCCCUGAACUAGUAUGUGUGCCCACAGUCAUUCCCACACACCUGUUCCACUCCCAAAUAAUCCACCACGGGGCCACAGAAAGUUGCGAGUGCGGGCACUUUGACAAAGAAGGUGAGAAACACUGUUGGCCAAAGAUGGUUUGUUGCGAGAAGAAGUGAUGCUUUGAUACAUUUUAGUCAUCGUGAGUAUGCAUUUGUAUCCUCUGUGCAAUGCAAGGGUGUCCCCGUUGGAUGUUGAUGUUGGAUAUCGACUAGAUAUCAGCGAAAAAACCCAAAAACCAGUAUGGGAUCAUAUCGGCUGUCAAUGUAAAAUGUGCGAUACAAGCAGUCUGUUUAUUUGUGUGAUAUAAUUGGCGAUACAAGCGCUCCUGCUGCGUGUUUACUUGUGGGUGAUAUCAUGUGCGAUACGAGCAUCUUUACUCGUGUGUGAUAUCAUGUGCGAUAGAAUCAGCGUGUUUACUUGUUGGUGAUAUCAUGUGCGAUACGAGCAGUCCUGCAGCAUUUUAUUUGUGUGUGAUAUCAUGUGCGAUAGAAUCAGCAUGUUUACUUGUGGGUGAUAUCAUGUGCGAUACAAGCAGUCUGUUUAUUUGUGUGAUAUAAUUUGCGAUACAAGCGCUCCUGCAGCGUGUUUACUUGUGGGUAAUAUCAUGUGCGAUACGAGCAGUCCUGCAGCAUCUUUACUUGUGUGUGAUAUCAUGUGCGAUAGCAUCAGCGUGUUUACUUGUGUGUGAUAUCAUGUGCGAUACAAGCAGUCCUGCAGCGUGUUUACUUGUGUGUGGUAUCAUGUGCGAUACAAGCAGUCCUGCAUCGUGUUUACUUGUGUGUGGUAUCGUGCGCGAUACAAGCAGUCCUGCAGCGUGUUUACUUGCAUAUGAUAUCAUGUGCGAUUCAAGCAGUCCUGAAACGUGUUUACUUGUGUGUGAUAUCGUGCGCGAUACAAGCAGUCCUGCAGCGUGUUUACUUGUGUGUGAUAUCAUGUGUGAUACAAGCAGUCCUGCAUUGUUUACUUGCAUGUGAUAUCAUGUGUAAUACAAGCAGCGUGAUUACUUGUUUGUGAUAUCAUGUGCAAUACAAGCAGUGUUUUACUUGUGUGUAAUAUGUGCGAUACAAGCAGCGUGUUUACUUAUGUAUGUUAUCAUGUGCGAUACAAGCAGUCCUGCAGUGUGUUUACUUGCGUGUGAUAUCAUGUGCGAUACAAUCAGUCGUAAAGUGUGUUUACUUGCGUGUGAUAUCAUGUGCGAUACAAUCAGUCCUGAAGUGUGUUUACUUGCGUGUGAUAUCAUGUGCGAUACAAGCAGUCCUGCAGUGUGUUUACUUGUGUGCGAUACCAUGUGUGAUACAAGCAGUCCUGCAUCGUGUUUACUUGCGUGUGAUAUCCUGUGCGAUACAAGCAGUCCUGCAGCGUGUUUACUUGUAUGUGAUAUCAUGUGCGAUUCAAGCAGUCCUGAAACGUGUUUACUUGUGUGUGAUAUCGUGCGCGAUACAAGCAGUCCUGCAGCGUGUUUACUUGUGUGUGAUAUCAUGUGUGAUACAAGCAGUCCUGAAUUGUUUACUUGCAUGUGAUAUCAUGUGUAAUACAAGCAGCGUGAUUACUUGUUUGUGAUAUCAUGUGCAAUACAAGCAGUGUUUUUACUUGUGUGUAAUAUCAUGUGCGAUACAAGCAGCGUGUUUACUUAUGUAUGUUAUCAUGUGCGGUACAAGCAGUCCUGCAGCGUGUUUACUUGUGUGUGAUAUCAUGUGUGAUACAAGCAGUCCUGAAUUGUUUACUUGCAUGUGAUAUCAUGUGUAAUACAAGCAGCGUGAUUACUUGUGUGUAAUAUCAUGUGCGAUACAAGCAGCGUGUUUACUUAUGUAUGUUAUCAUGUGCGAUACAAGCAGUCCUGCUGCGUGUUUACUUGUGUGUGAUAUCAUGUGCGAUACAAGCAGUCCUGAAGCGUGUUUACUUGCGUAUGAUAUCAUGUGCGAUACAAGCAGUCCUGCAGUGUGUUUACUUGCGUGUGAUAUCAUGUGUGAUACAAGCAAUCCUGCAGCUUGUUUGCUUGUGUGUGAUAUCAUGUGUGAUACAAGCAGUCCUGCAGCGUGUUUACUUGUGUGUGGUAUCAUGUGCGAUACAAGCAGUCCUACAGCGUGUUUACUUGUGUGUGAUAUCAUGUGCGAUUCAAGCAGUCCUGAAACGUGUUUACUUGUGUGUGAUAUCGUGCGCGAUACAAGCAGUCCUGCAGCGUGUUUACUUGUGUGUGAUAUCAUGUGUGAUACAAGCAGCGUGAUUACUUGUUUGUGAUAUCAUGUGCAAUACAAGCAGUGUUUUUACUUGUUUGUAAUAUCAUGUGCGAUACAAGCAGUCCUGCAGUGUGUUUACUUGCGUGUGAUAUCAUGUGUGAUACAAUCAGUCCUAAAGUGUGUUUACUUGCGUGUGAUAUCAUGUGCGAUACAAUCAGUCCUGAAGUGUGUUUACUUGCGUGUGAUAUCAUGUGUGAUACAAGCAGUCCUGCUUCGUGUUUACUUGCGUGUGAUAUCAUGUGCGAUACAAGCAGUCCUGCAGCGUGUUUACUUGUGUGUGAUAUCAUGUGUGAUACAAGCAGUCCUGCAGCGUGUUUACUUGUGUGUGAUAUCAUGUGCGAUUCAAGCAGUCCUGAAACGUGUUUACUUGUGUGUGAUAUCAUGUGUGAUACAAGCAGUCUUGCAGCGUGUUUACUUGUGUGUGAUAUCAUGUGCAAUACAAGCAGUGUUUUUACUUGUGUGUAAUAUCAUGUGCGAUACAAGCAGCGUGUUUACUUAUGUAUGUUAUCAUGUGCGGUACAAGCAGUCCUGCAGCGUGUUUACUUGUGUGUGAUAUCAUGUGUGAUACAAGCAGUCCUGAAUUGUUUACUUGCAUGUGAUAUCAUGUGUAAUACAAGCAGCGUGAUUACUUGUGUGUAAUAUCAUGUGCGAUACAAGCAGCGUGUUUACUUAUGUAUGUUAUCAUGUGCGAUACAAGCAGUCCUGCUGCGUGUUUACUUGUGUGUGAUAUCAUGUGCGAUACAAGCAGUCCUGAAGCGUGUUUACUUGCGUAUGAUAUCAUGUGCGAUACAAGCAGUCCUGCAGUGUGUUUACUUGCGUGUGAUAUCAUGUGUGAUACAAGCAAUCCUGCAGCUUGUUUGCUUGUGUGUGAUAUCAUGUGUGAUACAAGCAGUCCUGCAGCGUGUUUACUUGUGUGUGGUAUCAUGUGCGAUACAAGCAGUCCUACAGCGUGUUUACUUGUGUGUGAUAUCAUGUGCGAUUCAAGCAGUCCUGAAACGUGUUUACUUGUGUGUGAUAUCGUGCGCGAUACAAGCAGUCCUGCAGCGUGUUUACUUGUGUGUGAUAUCAUGUGUGAUACAAGCAGCGUGAUUACUUGUUUGUGAUAUCAUGUGCAAUACAAGCAGUGUUUUUACUUGUGUGUAAUAUCAUGUGCGAUACAAGCAGUCCUGCAGUGUGUUUACUUGCGUGUGAUAUCAUGUGUGAUACAAUCAGUCCUAAAGUGUGUUUACUUGCGUGUGAUAUCAUGUGCGAUACAAUCAGUCCUGAAGUGUGUUUACUUGCGUGUGAUAUCAUGUGUGAUACAAGCAGUCCUGCUUCGUGUUUACUUGCGUGUGAUAUCAUGUGCGAUACAAGCAGUCCUGCAGCGUGUUUACUUGUGUGUGAUAUCAUGUGUGAUACAAGCAGUCCUGCAGCGUGUUUACUUGUGUGUGAUAUCAUGUGCGAUUCAAGCAGUCCUGAAACGUGUUUACUUGUGUGUGAUAUCAUGUGUGAUACAAGCAGUCUUGCAGCGUGUUUACUUGUGUGUGAUAUCAUGUGUGAUACAAUCAGUCCUAAAGUGUGUUUACUUGCGUGUGAUAUCAUGUGCGAUACAAGCAGUCCUGCAGUGUGUUUACCUGUGUGUGAUACCAUGUGUGAUACAAGCAGUCCUGCAGCGUGUUUACUUGCGUGUGAUAUCAUGUGCGAUACAAGCAGCGAGUUUACUUGUGCAGAGUUGGCCUCCCACUGAACAUGUAAAUGUCCUCCAAUCAGCACACCAUCCCUUCUACGUCAGUCAGAGUAUUUACGAGAGGUAAACGUGCUAGGCUACUCGGAGCCAGCAGCUACACAACAGCCAAGCACACAAUAGCACACAAGCUAGACCUACGUAAUAAUCAAUGAACAAUAAACCAGCACCUGUGUCAAAGUACAAACCCCGUUUCCAUGUGAGUUGGGAAAUUGUGUUAGAUGUAAAUAUAAACAGAAUACAAUUAACUUAAAAUUUCAUGGCAGCAACACGUGCCAAAGUAGUUGGGAAAGGGCAUGUUCACCACUGUGUUACAUCACCUUUUCUUUUAACAACACUCAAUAAACGUUUGGGAACUGAGGAAACUAAUUGUUGAAGCUUUGAAAGUUGAAUUCUUUCCCAUUCUUGUUUUAUGUAGAGCUUCAGUCCUUCAACAGUCCGGGGUCUCCGCUGUCCUAUUUUACGCUUCACACAUUUUCCAUGGGAGACAGGUCUGGACUGCAGGCGGGCCAAGAAAGUACCCGCACUCUUUUUUUUAUGAAGCCACGCUGUUGUAACACUUGUAUUGCUGAAAUAAGCAGGGGCGUCCAUGAUAACCCGCCUUGGAUGACAACAUAUGUUGUUCCAAAACCUGUAUGUACCUUUCAGCAUUAAUGGUGCCUUCACAGAUGUGUAAGUUACCCAUGCCUUGGGCACUAAUGCACCCCCAUACCAUCACACAUGCUGGCUUUUACACUUUGCGCCUUGAAAAAUACGGAUGGUUCUUUUCCUCUUUGUUCCAAGGACACGACGUCCACAGUUUCCAAAUAAAAUUUGAAACGUGGACUCGUCAGACCACAGAACACUUUUCCACUUUGCAUCAGUCCAUCUUAGAUGAGCUCUGGCGUUCCUGGGUGUUGUUGAUAAAUGGCUUUGCAUAGUAUCAAUCAAUCAAUCAAUCAAUGUUUAUUUAUAUAGCCCCAAAUCACAAAUGUCUCAAAGGACUGCACAAAUCAUUACGACUACAACAUCCUCGGAAGAACCCACAAAAGGGCAAGGAAAACUCACACCCAGUGGGCAGGGAUAAUUCACAUCCAGUGGGACGCCAGUGACAAUGCUGACUAUGAGAAACUUUGGAGAGGACCUCAGAUGUGGGCAACCCCCCCCCCCCUCUAGGGGACCGAAAGCAAUGGAUGUGGAGCGGGUCUAACAUGAUACUGUGAAAGUUCAAUCCAUAGUGGCUCCAACACAGCCGCGAGAGUUCAGUUCAAGCGGAUCUAAGACAGCAGCUAGAGUCCCGUCCACAGGAAACCAUCCCAAGCGGAGGCGGAUCAGCAGCGUAGAGAUGUCCCCAACCGAUACACAGGCGAGCGGUCCAUCCUGGGUCCCGACUCUGGACAGCCAGUACUUCAUCCAUGGUCAUCGGACCGGACCCCCUCCACAAGGGAGGGGGGGGACAUAGGAGAAAGAAAAGAAGCGGCAGAUCAACUGGUCUAAAAAGGAGGUCUAUUUAAAGGCUAGAGUAGAGUUUUAACUUGCACUUACAGAUGUAGCGACCAACUGUAGUUACUGACAGUGGUUUUAUGAAGUGUUCCUGAGCCCAUGUGGUGAUAUCCUUUACACACUGAUGUCAGUUUUUGAUGCAGUACUGCCUGAGGGAUCAACGGUCCAUAAUAUAAUCGCUUACGUGCAGUGAUUUCUCCAGAUUCUCUGAACCUUUUGAUGAUAUUAUGGAGCGUAGAUGUUGAAAUCCCUAAAUUUCUUGCAAUGUCACUUUGAGAAAGGUUGUUCUUAAACUGUUUGACUAUUUGCUCACGCAGUUGUGGACAAAGGGGUGUACCUCGCCCCAUCCUUUCUUGUGAAAGACUGAAGCUGUUUUUAUAGCCAAUCAUGGCACCCACCUGUUCCCAAUUAGCCUGCACACCUGUGGGAUGUUCCCAAUAAGUGUUUGAUGAGCAUUCCUCAACUUUAUCAGUAUUUGUUGCCACCUUUCCCAACUUCUUUGUCACGUGUUGCUGGCAUCAAAUUCUAAAGUUAAUGAUUAUUAGCAAAAAAUACAGUUCAUGAGUUUGAACAUGAAAUAUGUUGUCUUUGUAGCAUAUUCAACUGAAUAUGGCUUGAAAAGGAUUUGCAAAUCAUUGUAUUCUGUUUAUAUUUACAUCUAACACCAUUUCCCAACUCAUAUGGAAACAGGGUUUGUAAAAAAAAAAGGGACUAAUGAAUACUUAACUUUUUCGGUCUUUUUUGCCACGUGUGCCAGCUUUUUUGGAACACGUUUUUUGCUAAAAUUGGCAAAAAAUAACAAUGUUUUCCAGUUUGAACAUGAAAUAUGUUGUCUUUGUAGCAUAUUCAACUGAAUAUGGCUUGAAAAUGAUUUGCAAAUCAUUGUAUUCUGUUUAUAUUUACAUCUAACACCAUUUCCCAACUCAUAUGGAAACGGGGUUUGUACAACGCCAUCAAGUCAUUGUAGUGGCGUAUUAAAAAGUGUCCAGUAACAAACGUGUCCGCAUCAUUCAAGUCCCUGCAUGAAUGAUGGUGAACACCAGGUGUCGCCCAAGAAACAAAAAAAGCAAUGACCACUCCGCUUCAUCUUAAAGACGACACACACCAUUCCAGACGGUUCAUAAUAAACACGCUUGUGUUUUUCUGACUCUUUCCAAUGCUCCACACCUCCACGUAACAAAAAAGAUGCAUGAUAUCCAGGCUCCAGUAUCGCCAUGGGGACACCCAUCAUAGAAUGUUGGCAUGUAUCGACCCUAUUUGACACUAUUUGAUGAGAUCUCACUCUUUUGCUGUGUCGGCAAUAACACAAAAGAUGCUUGGUGAACUUUGUUUACAUGCUGAAUGUGGCUUUUAACCCCAAACUCUUUUCUACUUCCUAUUAAAUUGUUUGCCAAUCAUAA